AUGACAUUUACUGAAUUACCUGUAGAAUUGAUUUAUAGAACUUUGAGUUUUCUUUCAGACCUGGAGUUGAAGGAAUUGUCUGUUGAUUUCAAACCAGUCAAUGAUUUAGUCCACAAGACUUUAUAUUAUGAUGAUUUCGAAUCCAGUGAACUGCUACUGAAGUUCUUGGAAGACACAAACUUCUCCCCCAAUCAUCUAGUUGUUUCGUCAGCUGACCAACUCAAACAAUUGCCAUAUCUGAAGUUCAAAUAUUUGUCAGUAGAAAAUGUAGAUGCACCACUUCCUAACUUCAAUUAUAAAAGUUUGUAUUUGAAUCAAGCUAGGGAUAUACAACAGUUAUCAGUAGAGAAACUUAUAGUGGAUGGGGUACCACCAACAAAUCAUAAUGUGAAAUCACUUGAAAUUCAUAAUCAUGUCAUCUCAAAGCAAGAAUUAUCUCGAUUUCCUUAUCUUGAACAACUUACCCUUGUGAAUUCUUUUACAGAACAGCUUGACACCAAUGUAAACCUUGAUUUGAAAUCUUUGGUCAUCAAUGAUUAUAACACAGGAGAUCUUUCACAUUUUCCAUUGAAGAAUCUUGAGAUUUACAAUGUCAAUUCCCUUGAUAAUCUUCCCCCCACAUUAGAAUCAUUAACCAUAGGUGAUGGUAAGUAUUUGAAGAAUUUAAAGCCAAUAAAGUCACUUCAACUCAAAAAAUUAAAGCUCAUGAUGUUUUCAUUAUGUAACAUCGGUGAAUUCUAUCGAACGGAGUUACCAGAAAGUCUUGAAGAAUUAGAAAUAGAGUUUGUUCAAGAGUUUUAUGACAUUUAUAAUCUUAUAAACGAUAUCCCAUUACCAAAGAAUUUGAAGAAAUUAAUCAUUACAGGUGAUGAUUUGUCCAUACAUAGGAAAUUCCCUUCAUCAUUGGAAUAUCUUGAAUUUAAUGGAAUUUUUAAAUAUUCUCCAACUUCAGACAUUCCUGUUAUAAUAAAUUCAUAA